UUUCUCGCGUCCGUUCGUCGACAUGUCCAAUGUAUUCUAGUUACGAGUUCAGAAAGAAGCUAAGGACUACCCCGACUCGGAGACGCGACCACUUCCAGAGGCGGUGAAGUGGCGUUUGGUCCGAGCACGUGGUGGUUUGUUGCCAAGAGAGAUCCGGUGUCGCUCCUGGGUCUACCUCCUCUGCUGCCGCCCAUGAUGUCUCACAAGAGAUUCUUGCGCUCCUGGUGAAGAAUGGAGUGCAAGAUACUGUUGUGGAAUGGCACGAGGCAGUCCCGCAGAAGCUGGCCGGCCCACCCCUUAUUCGCCAUGUUGGUACACUGACUCACUAUUGAAAUUGAAUCAACGUGAUAUUUUUGCUUGUUUAGACCACUGAGAGAGAACGGCUCGACAAAAUUAUACAUAAUUUGAUUCAGAGCAUGAGGGUAUGGUACACUAGGUUUUCCCAAAAUCCUGGAGCGAUCCGCGCUAUGGUUGCGUCUCAGCAAUGGAAAGUGUCUGAUGGCUUGAUCCAAUUUCAUUUCCACUUUUGGAAAGUCAAUAAAGUUCGAUGCAACGACGGAUGCAGCAGUUUCGGUAAGCUAUUGAGCGUUCUCCUUCGGCUAUUCACGCACGGCAUUUCUUUGAGCGCAGCGAACUCGGGAUCCCUCAGGCAGGCGAUCUAGGAUCUCUGUCCGAUCCUCCUUGAUAUCGGCGUCACAGAGUUUGGAAGGAUCUCCCAUUCGGCAAAAACGGACUAUUCACCAACUCGUACAGCUCUCGUGCUGGGAGUGUCUGUGCGAGCUAUGGAUUGCGGUUUAUCUUGAGGAGGGGGAAACGCUUGGACCGAAGAGUUUCAGGAGUGUCGCCAGCGUAGGCAGCUCGGCCCAUCAGUGCCUCGUUCGGACCGUAUUCCAGGUCGCAGACGGAGUCGCUCACAUGUCCAGUAUGUCUCUUACACUGGAAAGAAGUAGAACCAAUUGCACGGAGGGCCGCAGCGCGGAAGUCGUGGCUGUCAAAAGACGAAACGGGUUCGCAGGCGCGCAUCGUGUGGACGUGCACAGUAUAUGCGAGCAGACGAGAUCGGACCGUCGCCUUGCUCGUAAACUGGUUUCUGAACUCAGAAGCCCGGGUGCUAAUGGGUUCGGGCAAUCUCUUCCCGAGGCGGUGCGUCCACUGUGUAUAAGUCUAGCUGAGACUCGAGAACGGAGACCAUGUGAUGUGGACAGGUGAUAGCAAAGGUGCGAACCCGAAGCCACGAUGGUCCAUGGAGGACAGGUUUGGCCUUCGAGAACAUGGGAGCGGGACCGGCGUGUACCGCACCGGUCAUCACCGGUCCGUGCUACCCCACACCCCAGAUUCUAAAAUGGAUUCCGUCCGCGGAUAUCUCGUACUGUCACUACUGGCGCUUUCACUCACUUGUCAUCCCCACAAUGUCUUCAGAGGGCGUUCAGAUCCACGCGUUGCCGACAGCCCCCGCUGUACCUGCUUCCAAUGCCAAAUUGAAUAAGAUUUCGUCGCAGCUCACGCAAGUGAAAGCGCGGGGUGGAGCUCAAGCGAUGCUGUACGCGGUAGGACUGAGCGAGGCAGACAUGGAGAAGCCCCAGAUCGGUAUCUCUCCCAUUUGGUGGGAAGGCAAUCCCUGCAAUUCGCAUCUGAUGGAUCUCGCGAAACACGUCAAAUCGGGAUGCAGCGAUGAAGACAUGGUCGGACUGAUCUUCAACACCAUCGGUGUUAGCGACGCUAUCACAAUGGGAACUGACGGUUUGUGGCAUCUAUCCGUCCUCAUAUCGGAUAAGCGCUGGAUUCGACUCAACUUCUCUAGCCUCCCCAGUCGGGAUAUCAUAGCAGACUCGAUUGAAUCUGUUGUGAUGGCGCAGCACUACGACGCGAAUAUUUCGAUUCCGGGAUGCGAUAAGAACAUGCCGGGAUGCUUCAUGGCAGCAGCGCGCCACAAUCGACCGACAAUCAUCGUUUACGGAGGGACAAUCCAGACCGGGACUCGCCAUGCCGACUGUCCUGCAAUGGGUUAUAAGAAAGGCGAUUCCGUGAACAUCUCCGACGCGUUCGAAUCUUUUGGGGCAUACACUGUCGGAAACAUCACAGACGAGCAGCGAUUUGACGUCGUUCGUCACGCAUGUCCUGGUGCUGGAGCUUGCGGUGGAAUGUACACCGCCAACACGAUGAGCUCCGCACUCGAGGCCCUCGGCAUGUCGCUGCCCUACUCGUCGAGCACUCCGGCGACGUUCCCCGCUGAAUGGGAAGAAGAGAAGGUCCAGGAAUGCAUGAAAGCUGCGGGAUACCUGAAAAAUCUGCUCGAGAAGGACAUCAAGCCGAGGGACAUACUCACCCGCCAGUCAUUCUUGAAUGCGAUGGUCGUCAUCACCGUUCUCGGAGGCUCUACCAACGCAGUCCUCCACCUCCUCGCCAUGGCACGGGCGGCUGAUAUCGAGCUGACCAUCGACGACUUCCAAGCCAUCACGGACAAAACACCGUACCUGGCGGACCUGAAGCCAUCUGGAAAAUAUUACAUGGAAGACAUUCAUCGAGUGGGCGGAAUCCCGGCCAUCCUCAAAUAUCUUCUCAACCACACCGACCUCAUCGACGGCUCCCAGCUCACAGUCACCGGAAAAACGCUCGCCCAGAAUCUGGAACAUGUUCAAGAGCUCAAUUUCGACCAGGAUGUCGUCCGCAAGCUCGACAACCCAAUCAAGCCGACCGGACAUUUGACGAUUCUCUAUGGGAACUUGUGUCCCGGCUCGGCGGUCGCAAAGUUGACUGGGAAGGAGGGCUCCCGUUUCGAGGGAGUGGCCAAGUGCUUCGACAGCCUGGAGAGAUUCUUCCCCGCACUCGAGGCCGGAGAAAUCAAGGCAGGCAUGAUCCUCAUCUUCCGUUAUCAAGGUCCCAAAGGCGCACCAGGCAUGCCUGAGAUGCUAGGUCCGACCGGAGCAAUCGCUGGUGCUGGACUUGCCAAUUCAACGGCCCUCAUCACCGACGGCCGGUUCAGUGGAGCGUCGCGGGGCUUCAUCAUCGGACAUGUGGUCCCCGAAGCCCGGCUAGGCGGUCCCAUAGCCCUGGUCGAGGACGGAGACAAGAUCAUCAUCGACGCAGACAGCAAGACAAUUCAAUGGCUUGUGUCGCAGGAGGAAGAGGCACGGAGAAAGGCGCUCUGGGAGGCGUCUGCCAAUUCGAAGUUGAACGUGAAGAGAGGCAUCCUUCUGCGGUAUGCGAGGGACGUAGCCCCGGCCAGCAUGGGUGCUUACUGCGACUGAUUGAUUCAUCGACCGAGAGUGUAAGAUAUGAACUGGAAAUAAGUAGGAAUGUACGCAAUAUACUAGGAUGGGCGUGAGAACUCCGUGGUUACAAGACUAGAUAGGCUCACUCGUCCAAGUAAUCAUAGCACACCGGUCGACGGCCCCUCCUCCUCCGACAUUCGACUCUUCUCUGCCAUAUCCGACCCCACAAGGUGCGACGUCGACCCUGUAGCCCCGUUCACCGCGCCGCCGACAGAUUUCUGCUUGUGAUGGGAAAAACGUCGCUUUUCAUCCACAUGAACGUACUCUCCGCCUUCGUGUUGGCCAAGGAGCACAGCGGGGUCAGGAGGAAUCACGACCUUCUCCUUGGGCUCGGGGCGGACUUUCGGCGUGGCUUGGCCCGCUUCGAUCUGUCGGUUGAGUUUCUUGCGUUUCCAGCGUUUGUAGAAGUAGAUAGUGAAUCCAAUUAAGUAGGCCACGCCCAUAACGCUGCCGAUGGUGGCCCCUGCGAUCAUGGGGGUCUUGGGUUUG